AGCGUGUCUUGUUUUGCAGGCUUACCGUCAACCAGGAGUGCAGUAUUAUUAUUCUUCACCAUUACAGCAUACUCCAAUACUAAAAACCCCAUUGGCGUCCCACUGGCGGCGGCACGAGCAGGGGGGCGAGUGCGCCCGCUUUUCACUGCAGCUGCAGAAAGCACCGGCUGUGCUCGACCUGCCCUUUCCUUUCCUGCACGAUUCUGUCAUCCAGGUGGAGCAGGGCCGGCACACCGUGUGCUCCUUCCUCUCCUCCCGCCACCUGCAUGCCUGCGGUCCCUACGCUGCCCUCUGUGGCUGCGCUUCCGCUCCUGAGCUUGUACCCGCCACUGACCAGGGCCAGCUUGCUGCACUCUCGCCCAGCAGCCCAUCAGCCCCUUCCGCCGCCCGUGCUGCACCUGCACCCCCAACGUCUCCCUCUCUUUCUUCACGCGUGCACCCCACACUGCCCCCUUCCAUCCCGCCUCCCCCCUCCUCCCCGCUCGCCUGGAGCGACUACUACCUCUGGAGGGGCCUUCCCCUCCACUCGCCCGCUGCACUGCUGCUGCACACGGGUGUGAGGUAA